CAAACGGUGUAACUUCAAGUUGCUGCGAGAAUUGGCGAGAAAUCCUUCUGCCUUUACUCUCCUUUAUUCAAUACGCGUACGAAUCUAAUAACAUGGGGGACGAUUACCCCACGCUGUUCCGUUCGGAACAGAUGAGCUUGAUGCAGCUCUAUAUCCCAACCGAAGUUGCCCACGACACAGUUGCAGAGCUCGGUGAGCUGGGAAAUGUGCAGUUCAAAGAUUUGAAUCCUGCUGUCAAUCCCUUUCAACGUUCAUUCGUCGGUGAGAUAAGGAGAACGGAAGAAAUGGCACGACGUGUUCGGUUUUUCGAGUCGCAGAUUCAGAAGGAAAAGGAUGUAGUUCCUACCCGUCCUCUCUAUGAUUCUGCGCUGUUGGUCACAGUUGGACCGAGUGCUGCGCAUAAUAUCGACGAGCUGGAUGUCACACUUACUGAGCAUGAGACGCGGCUCGUGCAGAUGAAUGACAGCUACAAGACGUUGAGUGAGCGCACAAGGGAGCUGGUGGAGGCCCGGCAUGUUCUCAGAGAGACUGCUGUGUUCUUUGAGAAGGCUGAGACUCAGCAGACUGACAUGAGGACUUCUUUUGAUGACAGCUCUGCUCCUCUUCUGCAGCAUGACGACCGGGAGCAGCAGUACUCAUCCAAUCUACAGUUUGACCUUGAAUUCGUCGCUGGCACCAUCGACCGCACUCGUAUAUCGACGUUCGAGCGUGUCUUGUGGCGUGUCCUGAGGGGUAAUCUGUACAUGAAUCACACGGACAUUGCAGAGCCCUUCAUUGACCCCGCUACUGGUUCUGAGACGCGCAAGAAUGUGUUCAUAAUUUUUGCACAUGGGGAUGCCUUACUUGCCAAGAUUCGAAAAGUGGCAGAGUCGAUGGGUGCGACACUCUAUCCAAUCGACGCCAACGCCGACAAACGAUCAGAUUCUCUGCGUGAGGUUACCGCUCGCUUGGAAGACUUGGAGACUGUGUUGUACAACACAGGUACAAACAGACGAAGCGAGCUGCUGAGAAUCGGGGAGAAUCUGGCUAGGUGGCAGGAUGUCGUCCGCAAGGAGAAGGCGAUUUAUGAGACGAUGAACCUUUUCAACUACGAUGUCAGGAGGAAGACGCUUGUGGCUGAGGGUUGGUGCCCAACAAGGGACCUGACCAUGAUUCAGCUGGCACUUCGUCACGCCACGGAAGAGUCUGGAACGAGUGUUGUUCCUAUCUUGCAAGAGUUGCGCACGAACAAAACUCCGCCAACCUUCACGCGCACCAACAAGUUCACGGAAGGCUUCCAAACCAUCAUGGACGCUUACGGUAUUGCAACCUACCAAGAAGUUAACCCUGGUCUAUUUGCGAUCAUUACCUUCCCUUUCUUGUUUGCCGUGAUGUUUGGUGACAUUGGGCAUGGGUUCAUCAUCUUCUUUGCCGCAUUGUACAUGAUUUUCAACGAGAAGAAGUGGGCAAGACAGGAACUUGAUGAAAUCCUCGGCCAGUUCUUCUACGGUCGAUAUAUCAUUCUUCUCAUGGGCAUGUUCUCGGUCUAUACUGGUCUCAUGUACAACGACGUCUUCUCCAAGAGUCUCCACAUUUGGCACUCAGGAUGGGACUUCCCAGAGUCGAAUGGAACUUCAUUCGCCGUACCCAACGGUCACAUAUAUCCCUUUGGGGUGGAUCCUGCUUGGCAUGGUGCGGACAAUGGGCUCGUAUUUACGAAUUCAUACAAGAUGAAGAUGUCGCUUGUGCUCGGAGUCAUUCAUAUGACAUUUGCCCUGUGCCUACAGCUCCCCAAUCACAUCAAGUUCAAACGUCCCCUUGACAUCUAUGCCAACUUUGUGCCCCAAAUGAUCUUCUUGCAGUCGAUUUUCGGCUAUUUGGUCGUAUGCAUCCUUUACAAAUGGUCGAUUGAUUGGUCCACCCGAUCAACGGAGCCACCCUCAUUGUUGAACAUGCUGAUUGCGAUGUUCCUUUCGCCGGGGACAGUAGAUCCUCAAACACAGCUAUAUCCCGGACAAGGCUUCAUUCAGGUCGUGCUCCUUCUCCUCGCGCUUGUCUGCGUGCCUUGGAUGUUGUGCACCAAACCCUACUUCCAAUGGAAGGAGAUGCAACAGAUCCAGGGUCAAGGGUACGUUGGACUUGGUCACCGUAAUGGUGGACCUCGCGAGAGCACAGAUGAGGUUCUGGAAAUUGAGGAAGAGGGUAAUGGUCGUGUCAUUGUGGAGGAGAUGGAAGAAGAGCAUGAACAACAUGACUUCAGUGAGGUGGUUAUCCAUCAGAUAAUUCACACCAUCGAAUUCUGUCUUGGUUGUAUCUCACACACCGCAUCUUACCUUCGGUUGUGGGCCCUGUCGUUGGCACACGCCCAGCUCUCUGAGGUGCUGUGGACAAUGACGCUCGACAAGGUUUUGGGACUUCCCGGUAUCUUCGGGACGAUUGCCCUCGUAGUGAUGGUCGCAUUCUGGUUCUCAUUGACCGUAUUCAUCUUGUGUAUCAUGGAGGGUCUCUCGGCAUUUUUGCAUGCGCUCCGUCUGCACUGGGUCGAAGCGAACAGUAAACAUUACCAAGGAGAGGGAUAUUCGUUCACGCCGUUGAGCUUUGCUAAGCUAGACGAGAAAGAGUAACGAAAUAUGUUGCCCACAUUCUUUUCUGCUGUCCUGUAGGUAUGAUAUCGAGUAAUAGGACGUUGAGAUGGUUCAAAAAUGCGGG